AUGAAUGUAAAGAAAGCAUCCAAGCUUAAUAAGAAAAUUGCAGGGAGACUGAAGCAGCAUGGCUUGAAGAUAGAUGAUUCGGAAGCCAACCUGAAGCUGCAGCUAGACCACGAUGACUUGAGGCAAAAGGCGAAAGCAAAGGGAGCAAGGCUCAGGAGAUACAACGAAAUGAUGAAAAGAAAAGAACAAAACAAGCUGUUUGCAAUAAAUCGGAGAAUGUUUUAUAACUCCCUUCUUGAAGAAGGAAUAAGCCCCACUUCGAAAGAUGUAAACCGAGACAGUUUCUAUAGAUAUUGGAGUAGCAUAUGGAGCACAAGUCAUAAGUACAAUGAGCAAGCGUCCUGGCUCACUACUAUACAAGACUCCACAAAAUCACUAACUGAAAUGCCAGACGUUUCCAUCACAACUGAUAAUGUCAAAGAGGCUAAUCAACUGCAAAACCCCAGGUCUUUUUUUUUUUUUUUUUUAUUUUAUACUCCAACUACCACGAAGGCCUAA